UCUUAGAGAGUCAGUCAGUAGGUCAGUGUCCGGGUAGGUCUAAUUGGUAAGGAGUGGGACUUUUGUCGUGCACCUAACACCACGAUGGAUGACUAUCCGAUGUAUGGAUUGCUUGUUGGGUUCUCCCUCUGGGGGACCCUUUGGCGUCUCCUCUUUCCUCUGGGCUUUUGGCCCACUUUUACGUGUAGAGUAGGGACCCGGGGUGAUACUUCCACCCAGCCGUACACGAAGGAGGAGGAGGAGAAGAUGGCCGCCGUCCUGAGGGAAAGAAAGGAGAAGAAAGAGGCCAAGAAGAAGGCCCUACAGGAGGAGCAGGCGACCAAGUUGAGAAAGGUUGAGGAGGAGAUGGCCAGAGAGAAGGAGAGAAUAAAGAAAGAAGAAGAGGAGAAACUGAAAGAGGUGGAAGAGGAAGAGGAGGAAGAUGAAACGCCACUGCAAAGGAAGAGAGGGCAGUACAGUGGCAGCAGAGACGAGGAGAUGGAGAAACGGAUUUCAGAGUCGGUCGCCAACUUAUCCCUGGGCGAAGAAGAAGAGGUGGCGAUGUAUAUCCCCAAGGAUGAUAAGGAAGCCGCUAUGAAAGCUUGGGAAGCCGAAGAAGAUGUUCUGAAGCGGCAGGCGAUGGAAGAUGAGAAAAGGAUGGAGUGGAAACUGACAGUGAUGAGGGAGAAGAAGAGGAGAGUGGACGCGGCAGCAGAUGCGGCGGAAGAACUGGAGGAGGUUAAAAAGAUAGAAGAGCAAUUAGCCUCCCAGACUGAACUCCCAAAGAAAAUGGAGGUCAUAGCCCGAAAUGUUACACGCUUAGCGCGAAUUCAGGCAGAGCAGUAUGACUGCAGUAGGAGUCAGCAUAUAGCUGUGCGUUCAAUACGAUUGGGAUUUCGGGACUUUGCUCGCGAGUUGGUGGGAGAUGUAGGAGCCGAGGUGGGCCACCGCCUCGACAAGACUGAGCGGUUUUGUGCUGGCGCCAUUGAAGGCGUCAAGGCGGCAACUCCCAAGGAGAAGGAAGCACGCCCUCACCGGGAGCUGGUCAAAGUCAGAUUCCCUGAUUCCUACAGUGGAAAACGGAAAGAGAACUUUGACAAUUGGGAGGCCAACGUUAAGACCUAUGUACAUCUGCAACAGGUCUCCCCGGAUCAGCAAGUUCUAAUUGCGAUCCACGCACUUAGAGAUGAGGCCGCCAGUUUCGCAAGGUCCCUGGUUCGUGCUGCCAACUACAGUGACGAUCCAGUUGCGUAUUCCUCGUUCACUCCCCUCGCCGAAAUCUUGAAGCUGCUACGCGAGCGAUUUGCUGAUGUCGCUCGUAGUGUUAAAGCCUCAGACAAGCUCCAGACAAUCCACGCUCGUAAGUGGAAGAGCGCCAGGGCACUUAAGAGCACAAUGGACGAGUUAGUGGCAGUACCUGACCACGGGGUCACAGACACCCAGUUGGUCGCCCUCUUCUAUCGGGCUAUGCUCGAAGCCUUUCGAGGCCACUUCUUCCCGAAGAGCGAAGAUCCUGCCACCACUUAUGAUUCCCUUAGUCGUGAAGUGGUGGCCUUUGAAGCAAAGUCGGUGCCAGUUUCUACAUUCUGGCACAAGGACUUAGAUAAGGGAAAACAAUGGAAGGGCCGCACUAUCUCAGGGCAAGUAAAGACUAAGGAUAGUCUUGUCCUAACCUUAAAUGAGGGUAGUGUGGAUGAAAUCCUCUACAACCAAAUUGAGUGGGGGUUAGAGGAGGAGGACAACGGUGUGGGUCAGGGGAGAACUUACGCUGCUGUCGUGGCUGGAGGGAGGCCGCAAGGAGGAGGACGAGGCCAGGGCCAAGGGGGCCGGGCCUCAGGGAGCCGGUUUCAGGGCAAUCAGGGGGUUGGUGGCAAAGGAGGAAAUCGUCAAGCGGGAGGAAGGGGUCAAGGUCCCCCGCAAAACCGUCCUAGGAACAGGUUUCCCUAUAGGGAGACUCCCACACCACAUGUGCCUAUGGCAGAGGUUGCAGGCCGGUGUCUAGAUAGAUGCACAGAGACUGCUUGUGUUAGGGUCGCUCUAGACACCUCCCUCACAGGCGUGGCCGAAGAAUUGAAGGAGAGGAUGCCCGCCUGGGCCAAGAUGAAAAAGGAGAAUAAAGGGCAGCUUAUAUUGGUAGAUGCAGAGAUUUUUAGAGGUAGAGUUGACGUCUUAGUGGAUAGUGGAGCCACUCGUAGUUAUAUUAGUAGGAAGGCGCUACAAAAGCGGAAGUUGCAGUUAAAAGUCCAAAAGUUAGCAGACCCUGUAGUCAGUAUCCUUGCGGACAAUCGCACGAUGCGAGUAGAAGACUACGUAGAGGGAGUCCAGGCGUAUUUCCGCCUAGAGAAGUAUGGGAAAGUAGAGAAAGUUCUCCAUUCCCUAACUCUCCUCGUAGAGGAUAGCCUCCCAUUCGAUAUAGUCCUGGGUAUGGACUGGGGAGAGGCAGCCGGGGCCACACUCCACUUGAGGGAGCAUGAGUGUAGGCUCCCUAGCCCGUCAGGCGAUGUCAAGACUACACGUCUGUACCAUGUGUCAGGAGUAGAUGACUCCUUGGCACAUUGCUGCCUUAGUGCUCCUGCAUUUGCACGACUAGUGAAAAAGGAGCAGUUAGAAGAACAGGUUUUUGUGGCCUAUGUUAGGCCAGUCACUGAGCUUAAGGAAGAAAAGCCCAUAGAUCCUGCUAUUGCCGAAUUGCUGGAAGAGUUUAAGGACUUAGCUGAGCCGCCGACAGGAACAGUGCCGCGACCCAUCCAACACCGUAUUGAGAUAGAGCCUGACAGUAGAACUCCUAAGGGCGCAAUGUAUAGGAUGUCCCCGCGGGAGUUGGAGGAGCUUCGCAAGCAAUUGGACGAACUCCUUGAAAAGGGUUGGAUUAGACCCAAUUCGUCUCCUUUUGGAGCACCUAUUCUCUUUGUCCCCAAGAAGGAGGGAGAGCUAAGGAUGUGUAUAGACUAUAGAGGUCUGAAUGUUAUCACAAUGAAGAAUGUUGAGCCACUGCCUAGGAUAGAUGAUCUCCUAGACAGAGUGCAGGGGUGUAAGUAUUUUUCAAAGAUAGACUUGAAGUCCGGAUACCAUCAAAUAGAUGUUUAUCCUGAUGACCAGUAUAAGACAGCUUUCUGGACUAGGUAUGGGCACUAUGAGUUUAUAGUGAUGCCCUUUGGACUAACCAAUGCGCCAACAAUUUUUCAGCGGUGUAUGGAUGACAUGUUUAGGCCGUGGUUAGACAGAUUUGUUGUAGUUUACUUAGAUGACAUUCUAGUGUUUAGUAAGACCCUCGAGGAACAUCAGGGUCAUCUUAGGCAGGUCUUGGAGAAGCUGAGGGAAGCUAAUUUCAAGAUCAACGCAAAGAAGUGCGAGUGGGCGAAGACCCAGGUCUUGUAUUUAGGCCAUGUCUUAGACGGAGACGGCAUCAAACCCGAAGACAGCAAGAUUGCAGCGAUUAGAGAUUGGCCGACACCGCGUACGUUGACAGAGUUGCGGUCGUUCUUAGGCCUAACAAACUACUAUAGGAAGUUCGUGAGGAACUUCUCCACCAUCGCUGCGCCCCUUUGCAGAUUGCUCAGGAAGGAGACCAUCUGGAAGUGGGAUAAGGACUGCACGUCUGCUAUGAAGAAGUUGAAACAGGCGUUGAUAGAAUAUCUAGUCCUUAAGGUAGCCGAUCCGUCCUUGCCCUUUGUCGUUACUACGGACGCUAGUCAGUACGGCAUAGGUGCCGUGUUGCAGCAAGACGAUGGCCAUGGUUAUAGGCCCGUAGAGCUCAUGUCCGCCAGAAUGCCUUAAAAAAAGGUCGCGACAUCUACCUAUGAGAGGGAACUCUACGCCCUCAAGCAAGCUUUAAAACA